AUGUUUUUCAUUGUCUUCAGUUACAUCCAUUAUUCAAGACCGGACAACAACAGAAGAACCAACUAUAAGUACAUCUCAUAUGAACACUUUUCUCCCGGCCACUAUCAAAGAUUUACCAACUGCAGCUCUGGAGACAGAAUCAAAACCACCCACUACAACUGCAGCCAGACCAACAUCCACACCAGUCAGACAAACUUCAGCACCAGUCAGGCCUACAUCCACACCAGUCAGAUUAACAUCAACACCAGUCAGACCAACAUCAACACCAGCCAGACCAACAUCAACACCAGUCAGACCAACAUCAGCACCAGUCAGAUCAACAUCAACACCAGUCAGACCAACAUCAACAAAAGUCAGACAAACUUCAGCACCAGUCAGGCCUACAUCAACACCAGUCAGAGCAACAUCAACACCAGUCAGAUCAACAUCAACACCAGCCAGACCAAUAUUAACAUCAACACCAGUCAGACCAACAUCAACACCAGUCAGAUCAACAUCAACACCAGUCAGACCAACAUCAGCACCAGUCAGGCCUACAUCAACACCAGUCAGAUCAACAUCAACACCAGUCAGAGCAACAUCAACACCAGUCAGACCAACAUCAACACCAGUCAGAUCAACAUCAACACCAGUCAGAUCAACAUCAACACCAGUCAGACCAACAUCAAUACCAGCCAGACCAAUAUUAACAUCAACACCAGUCAGACCAACAUCAACACCAGUCAGAUCAACAUCAACACCAGUCAGACUAAAGUCAACACCAGUCAGACCAACAUCAACACCAGUCAGACUAACGUCAACACCAGCCAGACCAACACCAGUCAGACCAACAUCAACACCAGGGCAACCAGUUGCCUCAACCACUAUCACACCAACGACGGCCACAGACUCACCUACCACGUUCCCACCAACUACAGUCACUCUGCUGACCACUGUAUCAGCUAGAACAACCACAAUGACUCAACCCAGAACAACUCAAAUCAUUUUAAACACAGACCUACUCACCACUAACCUGGCAACCACAGCACCUGA